UCAACACGACACCGCAAACGAGCACAAAGCACCACAAAGCGGCCUGCUCGGGGUGACACCAGCCCGUGUGCGCUUCUGGCUAACCGCCGCUCGAGUGCGAGGAGCAAGCUAAAAAUAAACGAAGUGGUCAACUCCGCCGUGUUUAUAUCGCUUGUCAUUCAUGACUUGGGCCAGCGUUUCCACACCUUGACUCAUAUUACACGGGGGGAGGAAUCACUGCACACUACCAAACAAAAAUGUCACAAAAAGCUUCUGGACAUGUCCUGCUUGAAGUAGCCACCAGAUGCGGUGUAAAUAUCGCGGCGUGAUGGGUAACACAAGCGAGAGGGUGUCGGCGGACCGCCACGGGGCCAAAGCCCACCGCUCAGACAGCGGCGCGGGUCACAAGGACCUCGAGCCCAGCGGCAAGAUGGCGGACAGCACGGACGACCCCAACAUCUUCAGCACACGCGGGUUGGAGUCCAAGGUGUCGGGAGAGAAAGAAUUCCCACCUGAUUUAGACGACCUGGUGAAAACUGUUCCUCAGGCUCGACCGACUGUUAUCCGGUGGUCCGGAGGAGGGAAGGAAGUCUACAUAGCUGGCUCUUUUAAUAACUGGAGCACCAAGAUACCGCUCAAUAAAAGUCACAACGACUUUGUAGCGAUCCUGGACCUGCCCGAAGGCGAGCACCAGUACAAGUUUUUUGUGGACGGCCAGUGGCUGCACGAUCCCUCGGAGGCAUUGGUGACCAGCCAGCUCGGCACCAUCAACAACCUGAUCCAGGUCAAGAAGUCCGACUUUGAGGUGUUUGAUGCCCUGCAGGUCGACUCUCUGGAGUGCUCCGACUCAUCGGAUCUGUCCAGCUCGCCUCCGGGCCCGUACGGGCAGAGCCAAUACGUGUUCAAACCCGAGGGGCACUUCAAAGCGCCACCCAUCCUCCCCCCUCACCUGCUUCAGGUCAUCCUCAACAAGGACACCAAUAUUUCGUGUGACCCCGCCCUGCUGCCGGAACCCAACCACGUUAUGCUGAACCAUCUCUACGCGCUCUCGAUAAAGGACGGCGUCAUGGUCCUGAGCGCCACUCAUCGCUACAAGAAGAAAUAUGUGACCUCGCUGCUCUACAAGCCCAUAUAAAGCCUCGCGUCUGCCGCUACUAGUGCUUCGGGAUGAGAGCAGCGUGUCGCCCCCCCCCCCCCCCCCGUGACGGUUGGCACAAAAAUCUUGCACUUGGGACACGUUUACGGCUGAAAGGCCUCGGAGGUCACAAGGUCGCACGCACUUCUUGUCUACGUGGACGAGGGCUAACCAACACACAAUGUAGCAAAGUGCAGCCGCUGUUUGAUGACGACAACACUGUGUGUGUGUGUGUGUGUGUAUGUGCACUUUGUGACCAUUUGCAUGCUGAUGCGUUGAAUAUUUUUUCACUUCAAAGGGCACAUUAACAGUUGCUGAAUUUAGAGAGCCAUUUGAGCAUUUAUUCAAUAUUCUUCAUAUCCGGCUUUUAAGGCCCAGGUACUAGUACACUUGCUGUCCUCACUAGUAAGACAAUUGUGGGAUACUAGUAUGACAAAUAUAUGUUCCUAGUAAAGCCAUACUUGCGAAUUUAGAGCUAGUAGUUCUACUAGUGACAGAGUUAUUACUAGUUUUAUUACUAGUAAUAGUAAUACUGUGCAGAUGUCUUGCUAUUGAGAGUUGUGUUUUACUAGUACUACUAGUGAUGUAAUAUUGUACUAGUCAAUAUAUAUAACUUCAAUUGCUAAUUGUGUUCAAAUGUCUACUAGUUCACUUUCGCCUCAUUCAUAACAAGUAGUUGUCCUACUACUUGCCAGCUGUAAGCUAGUUGUACUACCAGUGCCAUGAAAUUCUACAUCUACAAGUUGCAAUCUAAUGCUUCACUUGUAGUAUUAGUACCACACAGAUGUCAUCUAGUGUCCUGUUUUACCUCACUAGUAACAUGUAGUCCUGUUAGUUGACAGCUGAUUUAUUAGCACUAUCAAUGACAUAAUACAAUUCCACGAGUUAACAUCUUCACGAGUAAUACUAGCAGUGUGCAGUUAGUUUACAGCUUUGCCGUACUAGUAACAAGUACUUGUGAUUUUAGUUGCGAACUGUGGGCUACUAGUGCUGCCGGUGACAUGAAAUUUUACAAGUUAACAUCUCUGUUAAAAUCUCGCGCUUCACUGGUAGUGUUAGUAUCACACAGAUGUCAUCUAGAGUCCUGUUUUACCUCACUAGUAACAUGUCGUCCUAUUAGUUGACAACUGAUUUAUUUGCACUCUCGAUGACACAAUACAAUUCCACUAGUUAACAUCUUCAUGAGUAAUACUAGUAGUGUGCAGAUGUCAAUUAGUGUGCAGUUUUGCCGAACUAGUAACAAGUAGUUGUCCUUUUAUGAGUUGUGAAAUGUGAGCUACUAGUGCUGCCAGCCAGUGACACGAAGUUAACAUCUCGCGCUUCACUAGUAGUAGUAGUAACACACAGAUGUCAACUAGUACCACCUUUGCCUACUAGCGUGCAAAAAUGUCAUAGAGGGGAAAAACGUUACUAAUAAGACACAGUUGGUGUACUAGUGAGGACUGAGAGCCUGCUAGUACAAUCAUGGGCCCGAACCUGGAGAUCAAAUGUAUUGCGUGCGCGUUCAGUGGAUGAAGAAUUAUUGAAAGUAAUAAGUUAGUAGUGCUGGAACUUCAAGUGCAAUUGAAAAGUCUGAUGUUGUUUCACAGUUGAACAUUUGCCAUUUGGAUGCACUGUUGGUGGCGUGUUCUUCUGGUUUGUGUUUUCACGCUUGCUCUUUCGUGUGCUGAGGUGACCUGCAUCCUGGCCUUUCACCUAUGCAGUGAUCGUUAACGUGUAUUUAUUGUAUUUAUUCAAACGGGCUGUACUGUUACACGUGUGUUCAGUGACCGCAUACAAAAUCAGACGGCAAAACUUGAAUUUGACAGCCAUUUUUCCGAAUGUUUGCAAAAUGCGUGAAGGUUCAAGUUGAAAAAGCCAUUUGCACAAUG